AUGCUGGACAGAAACCUGAUCCAGCUUUUGAAUGACAGGAAGGGAAGGCCUUUGUCACUCAACGAGAUUAGACCAAUUGCACAGCAGGUAACAAAACUGUGGCCUGUUAAUCAAUAAAUCAAUAAAGUACCAGAGAAGUUUAAAGAAGAAAUAAAACCAUACAGCACAUUUCCUCUGAUCUGUAAACUCCCGCACACUUGUUCGCUGUAACCCUCUUUAUUUUUCACUCUUUCUUCCUGCAGCUAUUCACAGCCUCUCACGCUCUAAAAGGAAUCGGCGUCAUCCAUGCAGACCUGAAGCCUGAUAACGUCAUGCUCGUGAACCAUGAGACGCAGCCUUUCAGGGUCAAGCUGAUAGAUUUUGGCCUGUUGCUUCAGACUAUUGAAAAGGACUGGUCUGACCACACAGGCUCUCAGGUAGAUCAACUUUACUUGGAAAAACUGUAUUGAAUUAACUCAGUUUUUGGUAACUUGUUAUGUACACUUAUUAUAAACAAGUUAGUUGUACUUUUUGGUCAUUAGAGCCGAAGCACUGCAUUUUCUUAAGUCAUUUUCUGAGUCAUUUUAAUCGAAUUAAAUAAUUAAAACCUAUUUAUUUUUCCCCAGUGGUUGAAUGUUGAAUUUCUGUUUAUCUAUGACAUUUUUGUUGGUUGAUUUAAUCACAUAAAGAAGCAUACCCUGUUGUUACUUUUUGCUGGAAAAAUUUUAUUGCUGUAACUAAUUUGAAUGUAGAAAUGGCUCAUGGUCAAUUUUCACUCUGUGUCUUUGACUAUAACCAGAGCCUUUCAAAACACAGUAGUCAUUGUCACCACAUGAUUUAACAAGUUCAUUGCUUUAACCCUUUGAUGCGCAACAUAUCCACACCCCCUCUAAUGCGCAACAUGGGUCUAAAAAGACCCGCAUUCAUUUCCAAUGGUAUUUCAUGCUGGCUGAGUUUUUCUUUGUUCUAUCUUUUGAAAUAAGUUUAUUUUCUGAUUGAAUAUUCCAAGUAUUCUUUAAAUAGCUUGUUUUUGAUCACCACUGAUCAUUAUUUCUAUUUUUCUUUUCAUACUUUAUGAAAUAAUAUAGUUUCUAUAUUAUUACAUCAAGUUUACACACAUGGGUCAAAAACGACCCAUUCAUCCAAGUGUGAUUUAAUAUUGAAUUACCUAACACUAUAAUAAUAAUUUGUUUCAAGUAAUGAAAUUAGCAGUGAGUGGGACCAAACCAUAGACUGUAUAUACUAUGGACAACUUGGUUCCGCCUACCGCCUGUAUACGGAUUUGGAGCCAAAAAGCUCUCGGUAUUUCCGGGACUUUUCUACAUUUCUGAAACCAGAGCUGCGCAGUUGCGAUGCGUGCAUUCGGCCGCGCAGUCGUUGGGAGUCACUGUGAUGACGCUCGGCUCAAACAGCGUAUCCCCCCGGGAGAGCUACGCAAUCCCUGAAUGCCCAUAGGCUGUAUCCAUAGACUGUAUAUACUAUGGACAACUUUGUUCCGCCUACUGCCUGUAUACAGAUUUGAAGCCAAAUAGCUCUCGAUAUUUCCAGGAUUUUUCUUCAUUUCUGAAACCAGCGCUGCGCAGUAGCAAUGCGCGCAUUUGGCCGCACGGUUGAAGAGAGUCGCUGUGAUGACACUCGGCUCAAACAGCAUAUCCCCCGGGAGAGCUACGCAAUCCCUGAACGCCCAUAGGCUGUAUCAGGUGUCAAUCAUAGAAAACAUGAACCCCUAAUAACUUUUCAAAACGGAGCUUCACAGAAAAAAAGAGGACUUGAGCACAAACCAGUCUGACAGUAACUACAUGUCAACAUCACGGUCAGGAGGGAUAAAAAAUUAUGUUCUGUGUAAUAAAUUUCUAAAGUUGGUCCACAGCUCCAUAAUCUUUGCUGGCGGAGGCUGGAUUUAUGACCUAUACUGCAGCCCAUCAACAGAGGGUGCUGUUCUCGGAGUGGCUUCAGCCAGCGAGGAGGCAGACUCUGUCCAUUCUAUAUACAGUCUAUGGCAGGUGUCAAUCAUAGAAAACAUGAACCCCCUAAUAACUUUUAAAAACAGAGCUGUACAGAAAAAAGAGGACUUGAGCACAAACCAGUCUUACAGUAACUACAUGUCAACAUCACAAGCAGGGGGGAGAAAAAUCUAUGUUCUGUGUAAUAAAUUUCUAAAGUUUGUCCACAGCUCCAUAAGGUUUGCUGGCGGAGGCGGGAUUUAUGACCUAUACUGCAGCCUGUAAACAGGGGGUGCUGUUCUCGGCUUCACCCAGCAAGGAGGCAGACGCUGUCCAUUCUAGUCUAUGGGCCAAACACUUAGGUAUUUUGUAUCAGCAACAUGUUUAUUUGUCAUUUUGUCUCAUACACAUGCGUCUGAUUAUAGCUAGCUGAAAUAACGCUAGCUGUUUUACCUGUAACUGUGUAACUUUCCAACAUGUAAUGUCCUCACUCUCAAGGUAACCUAAACCUAAUCAAAUCAAAUCUAUGUACAAUUAUAUUUCACAAUUGUCAUCAAAUAAUUUCUAAGAUAAUGACAGAACAAUUGAAAAACCAUACUUACAUGUAUUAGACGGUCUUUUCAUGCUAAAUGCUACAGUCACUGUAUGUGGGUCGUUUCUGACCCAUGUAUGUAAACUUGAUGUAGAAAUACAAAAUCUGCUCUUCCUCAUAACGUAAGAAAGGAAAAAUAAAAAUGAUUAUUCGUGCUCAACUAAAACAAGAUCUUUACUGCAUACUUGGAAUAGUUAAUGAUAAAAUUAAUUUAUUUCAAAGAUAUACCAUAGAAACACUCAGCCAUACAUGAAAUAACAUUGAAAAUGGAUACGGGUCAUUUUAGACCCAUGUUGUGCAUUAGAGGGGUAGUGAUGCAAAAACGGUUUUUAUUCUAAAAGUAAAAAAAGAAAAAUUAACAUAAGGAUGUAGGGUCGUCAAAAACAAGUUAAUUGAGGAAUUCCUUGAGUACCGACUGAUGGAAUUAAUUUUUUGAAAAGAUAUAUAAAAUUUAAACUCAGCCGGGUCUUUUUUGACCCAUGUUGCGCAUCAAAGGAUUAAAUAAAUUUACUAUUUGUGUAAUUUUACAGUUGAAAUGGGAUUUGUCAUGAUUUACUGUAGGUAAUUUGAUAUUUGUUUUCCUCCUGGCAGAAACCAAUGGUGAUCCGCCAGGACUGCACAACUCCAGUAAGAAAAAGUAUUGCAAUUCCCGUCUACACACUGAACUAG